UUCUCCACCCAGUCACUAGCAAUACAGUGCAGGUUUGCAGAGUUGUGUGCUUCUCUUUCUUUUAUCUCUGAAAUCUUCAUUCUGCACUUACAUUACAAAGCAAUGAAGGUAGUGACUCCUACUCCUAGGAUGUGAACUGCAUGGAUUCAUAAAGAAGUCACAUCUGCACUUGGAAGUGAGAUCCCCAGGGCACCUCUGCAUAGGAAAACAUCAAGAAGGGCUUGAGAUACUCCUAAUAGUCCAGGAUGAAGACUUAUCUUUCCAUCUAUUACCUCAUACAAUUCUGUGGCCAUUCAUGGAUUUUCACCAACAUGACAGUCAGGCUGCUUUUCUUUGGAAAAGAUUCUUUUGCAGAUACAUUCUAUGCAAUUGGGCUAGUAAUGCAAGUCUGCCAGUUACUGUCUGUCCUGGAGCUACUACACAUUCUAAUGGGUGAAGAGCAACAAUCAUUUCUGCCAACAUUGUCUCAGGUAACAGAAAGACUAGUCAUCUUGUUUCUGGUGAUCACCAGCCAAGAGGAAAUGCAGAGUAAAUGUAUAGUGUGUCUUCUCUUCUUCCUCUGGAAUCUGUGGGAUAUUACCAGAUAUCCCUACCUUUUGUUGUCUGCGGCUGGAAUGGAGUACCCAGCUCUAACAUGGCUCUAUCACACGUUAUGGAUUUCAGUGCACCCGUUGUCACUGCUGGCAGAAGUAUACACAGUCUAUGAAUCACUUCCUUAUUUCGAAGCCCUUGGCACAUUCUGCUACACGAUGUCACUGCCUUUUGCGGUUUCCAUUCACUUCCCUUCCAUUUUAAAAAUAUAUAUGGUUCUUUUACUAGCCGGUGUACUGUACACAUGCAGUCAUCUCUACUCUAAAAGAGAACUGUAUCUGAGGCAACAGAAGUUGAAGCUAAAAGUGAAGUGACAGAAGUAAAGGAUUUGGACCUCAAGGGCUGAUUUGUUGUUAUCCCUACUCAGAAAAUUUUCGGACAAGACCCGAUAUUCCUGGUGUUUACAUUACAUAAUCCGCAAAAAGAAACUGGUCUGUUCUCAUGUUUAACAUGCUGUAUAAUAAAAGAGAAGGUGAAACUGAAGGCACCUUGAGUACUAUUCUAACAUCUGAAAUGUGAAAAUGCUGUUCUAAGUGUUAUAUAAAGGGGUUGUGUAAGGAAUAUGUAUAUACUCUAUACUACAAUAUAAUUCCAAAUGUGUAAAAAUAAAACUGCCUUCAAUUUUUUUAAAA